UUACCAGGAGGACAUGGAUAUCCAGGAGGAGGCUUCAUAUAAAUUUCCUCUUGUAGUUCGCCGUGAAGAAAUGCAUUUUUGACAUCCAUUUGGAGAAGUUUCCAUCGACGAACAGCGGCAAUUGCUAAUAAAGUGCGAAAGGAUGUAAGACGGGCAACAGGAGCCAAUGUUUCUUCAUAAUCAAUGCCAUAUUCUUGAGUGUAUCCUUUGGCGACGACUCGGGCUUUAAAUCUCUCAACAGAGCCAUCAGCAUGGGUUUUGAUUUUGUAUACCCACUUGGAUCCUAUAAGGGUUUUGCCAGGUGGUAAGCAAACUAAAUCCCAAGUAUGAGUUUUGUCAAGAGCUUCAUUCUCUUCUGCCAUUGCUUUCUGCCAAAGAGGAUUAGUACUAGCUUCCUUAUAAGUAGAGGGUUCAUAGAGAGAGGUGGAGUAACAAUGAUAAUCAUUAAGCCGAACACUGGGAACACGAUUACGAAUAGGACGAGAAGAAGUACCUUCUGGUGCAGGAUCAUCAGGUAGGGCAUGGUCAGAGGGAGAAGCCGUGGGCGGAGCUGAAGGGGAAUUAUCUAUUGGCGGGGUGAUAGGUGAACUGGAUGAGGUGGAAGGGUUAAUUGAAACAUCAGAAGGAAAUAGGUCGACCGAUGGAUCACAAAAAAAACUAGGUAUAUCAACACGAAAUGGGGACAGAGAUGAAAACAUAGUGUUCUCCCAAAAAACUACAUGACGAGAUACACGUAGCCGAUUGGAUAUUGGAUCCCAGCAACGAUACCCUUUAUGUUCAAUCCCAUAACCAAGAAAACAGCAAAGACGAGCACGAGGUUCAAGUUUAGUACGCUCGUGAGGAGGCAAGAGAACAAAACAAGCAGAUCCAAAGAUUUUAAGGUGGCUGUAAGAUGGAGAUGUACCAUAGAGACGCUCAUAGGGGGAGACUGAAUGGAGUACCGAUGAUGGAAUGCGAUUUUGGAGGUAGACGGCAGUAAGUGCAGCUUCUCCCCAAAAUUUUUCAGGACAGGAUGAUGAGAUAAGUAGGGUGCGAACAGUGUUGAGAAUGGAGCGAUGUUUUCUCUCUGCACGACCAUUUUGUUGUGAGGUAUUGGGACAAGAUCAUUGAAGAAGUGUUCCAUGUGAUUUUUGGAGAGAUUGAAGAGCUCUGUCUACAUAUUCCAUAGCAUUAUCAGACCGAAGUAUUUUGAUUUUACGAUCAAAUUGUGUUUGAAUCAUAGAGGCAAAUUGAGAGUAAAUCAAAGAAAUUUCAGAGCGCUGGCGGAAUAGAUAAAGCCAUGUAUAACGAGAAUAAUCAUCAAUAAAAAUGACAAAGUAUCGUGACCCGCCUGCAGUCACAGUAGGUGAGGGACCCCAAACAUCAGUGUGAACAAGAUCAAAUGGAGAUAAGGAGUUGGAGUCACUAUUAUUGAAAGGCAAAGCAGACAUUUUACCCGUGGUACAAGGAACACAUUGGAGAGAGUUUAUUGAAAAUGGACCGAUAGUGCCUUGAGAGGCCAAUAGACGAAGAUUAUGAACGGACGCAUGCCCUAAACGGUCAUGCCAGAGUUGCAAAGAUGUAACGGCGACAAAAGGAGUAGGUUUGGGUGGAGGUAAGCGAAGAAGAAAACAGAUAUGGAGCCAUGCUCUAUACAUGAUCUGAUCAAAGUAUGAGUUUGGGAUACACUCAAGGAUACACUCAAGAAUAUGGCAUUGAUUAUGAAGAAACAUUUGCUCCUGUUGCCCGUCUUACAUCCUUUCGCACUUUAUUAGCAAUUGCCGCUGUUCGUCGAUGGAAACUUCUCCAAAUGGAUGUCAAAAAUGCAUUUCUUCACGGCGAACUACAAGAGGAAAUUUAUAUGAAGCCUCCUCCUGGAUAUCCAUGUCCUCCUGGUAAAGUUUGUCGUCUUCGACGAGCUUUAUAUGGGCUUAAACAGGCGCCUCGUGCUUGGUUUGCUACAUUUAGUCGUACUUUGCAGUCAUCAGGAUUCACCUCUAGUGCAUAUGACUCAGCUCUAUUUAUUCGUCGCACUUCUCAAGGCAUCAUUAUCCUUCUUUUAUAUGUUGAUGACAUGAUAAUCACUGGCGAUGAUCUUAGUGGCAUUGCGGAUCUUCAGCAGUUUCUCAGCAACAAUUUUGACAUGAAGGAUCUUGGCUCUAUUCGGUAUUUUUUGGGCUUGGAGGUCACAACGACAGAUGAUGGUAGUUAUUCACUAUCCCAAGUUAAAUAUGCAUCCGAGUUACUCUCUCGAGCACACCUUACAGACUCAAAAACGGCAUCUACUCCUCUUGAGCCCAAUGUCAAACUUUCCCCUGGAGAUGGAGCUCUACUCGAUGAUCCCACACUUUAUCGGCAAAUUGUUGGGAGUCUCAUCUAUUUAACUGUCACUCGUCCUGAUAUUGCUUAUGCAGUACACAUUGUUAGUCAAUUCAUGGCAGCACCUUGUUCUACUCAUUAUGCUGCUGUGCUUCGUAUUCUUCGAUAUAUCAAGGGAACCAUUCAUCAUGGUUUACACUUCUCUGCAUCAUCCUCACUUGAGCUUUGUGCAUACUCAGAUGCUGAUUGGGCUGGUGAUCCGACUGACCGACGAUCAACCACCGGCUACUGCUUCUUCCUUGGCUCAUCCCUCAUCUCUUGGAGAAGCAAGAAACAAAAAGUUGUUGCUCGCUCUAGCACUGAAGCUGAGUAUCGUGCUCUUGCUGACACCACUGCUGAAUUGUUGUGGCUUCGUUGGCUUCUUGAUGACUUAACUGCUCCGCAAACUUCUGCCACCCGACUCUACUGUGACAAUCAAAGUGCCAUACAGAUUUCACACAAUGAUGUCUUCCACGAACGCACAAAACAUAUUGAGAUCGAUUGUCAUCUAGUACGCCACCACUUACGUGACAACACACUCAGUUUGGUUCCUGUAUCAUCUGAGCACCAGACUGCAGAUGUCUUGACCAAAAGCCACUUUCCAUCUCGCUUUCAUGAUCUUCUAUCCAAACUCAAGUUAGCGUCCUUAGAUCCGCCAUCUUGAGUUUGAGGGGGAGUGUUAAUUAUUAAUUGAGAGACAGAUAACAUUCAUUAGUAGACAGAUGACAUUAACUGCUCAUGGAGCUCUGUAAUGUUCCAUACCUCAUUAGCUACCUCCUAGCUGUAUAGAGCAUGGCUCCAUACUCAUAUUUGUGUAUAUAUAUCCAUGAUCUAAUCAAUGUAAAAUAGGCUUUUCCAAUAACAAUUCUAUCUUGCCAACUAAUACAAGUAAUCUGUUGGGGAAAAAAAUACUCAGUCAAACAUUUUCCAAGAUCUCAACUCUAACCAUAAAGCAUUAUUAUGCCCUCAAAAUGUCUGACUAGAUAUCUUGAUUAAGAUUAAGAAAGUUUAAUGUGCUUUUGGUGGUAUUAAGAAAGACUUCUUCAAGUUCACACUUAAUUUCUUUAAUCCUUUAUAUACCACACAUAUGCCCAUUUCAAGGGGAGGCAGAAAAUCAAAUCUCGAAGACUUAAGAGCUCAAAGUGGGCAAAGACAAAGAAGGGCCUGGCACCGGCAUUCUAGUUACCUGUCUGUGGCCCACGAUAUCCUUUUAGAAUCGAGGAUUGGGCCAAAAUCACUCCAAUGGGCCGUUGACGAAUGUCAAGCUAUUGUAAUCAGAUUUGGACCACCAAAUUUGGACCAAAUGAAAAAAACUUGGUUAAGAAAAGGAUAUCGACUUGAACCGUUUAACUUUAUCUGUUUUAGAUCGAUGGUAAUUCUAUUGUAGACGUGGUAGGAUGGGUAUGAGUACUUGUAUCGGCCUAACUUGUCAUAACAUGCCCCAUGUUCGAUCAUAUUUUGUCUAAAUUAUAUGCAAUUUACUUAGAUUAUUUAGAAUUUAAAUUUUUUUACUUAAUUUAGCUAUAAUAAAAUUUUAAAUAGAUGAGUUCCUAAAUUUUUAGAAUAAUUUAACUAUAUUUUUUAUAUUAUAUUUUUUCUUGAUUUUUAGUGAAAAAAUGAACAUUUCUAAUGUUAUUUUUAGUGAAAAAAUAACUUCACGAAACGGAAUUGUAUUUCGACUCUGAACUUCGACAUAGACAUCGAUCGAUACGCUCAACCACCUCGACAACUAUACUAUCGGGGAGGCUUCUUCAAUCUUAUAACCAAGCAUAUAGUAUAUACUGAAUACUAUGUGUCGGCUAAAGGGAGAUGAGGAGAAAAAGAAAAACAAAUGGAAAGAAAGUAAAAGUUGCUACUCAUACUUGGUCAACCAGAAAAUCAGUAUCUCCCCACUUUUCUUCAGGUAUGUGUUGCAGCUGUUCCCCCCUUUGUUGUUAAGUUAACUCUGAUUGGUUUUGUCUUUCAUUAAACUAAUCCAAAUUAAUUAAUUAAGCUAAACCUUUUCUCUUCUGGUCUAACCUAAUCUGACAUUGGAAAAGCAUAGCCUUGGACUAGAUAACUUUUGGACCCUACAUAUUCAUCAGAUUCAUCCUCUCUAAUCUAUGAAGUUUGAGAAAUGGAUUCUUCUUCAAUGAAGUCCCACCACCACCAAUCCCAAUAUCAGAUUAGAUUCCCAUUGCAUAAUAAGAUUAUGUUUGUUGUUUUAGCCACAUUUAGGAGAGGUUUGGUUUUCUUUUCUUCCUUUUGCCAUUUUUUUUUUUUUUGGUAAGAACCUUUUGCCAUUUUCUUCUUGCCUCAAUCUUGUUAAUGGUGGCUUUCUGUUCUUCCUUUACCAUUUUUUUCUCUUGUCCUUUUUCCCCCUUCCCUUGUUGAAAGAAGUUUGAGAAUUCUUGUAUAUGGGAGAUAAUUGUUCCCAAAUUUUUUGAUUCUUGGUAUGUGGUCAAUGUUAUUAGUCUUUGGUCUUGUCAGGGAGCGUCGUCAGGAUCUCGUCUAAGAUUAAUAAGGUAGGUUCAUUUACAAAAAAAAAAUAGACAUAAUAAAAUAGUUUUUGUUAACUUUUUUUUAAUCAUUCAUCAUAUAACCUUGUAUGUUGAAAAUUUCGAUUAAUUAUAAUACAUUAGUAUAAGAAACGUUCAAGAAUAUCACUCUAUGUGUACCAAACAGUUAUUCAUAAUUUAGUUAAUCGUUCGCUUUCGAAUGGUGUGUUUUGUUGAGAACUGUUUAGUAUCAAUAACUCGAGUUGUCGAGAGAGGUUUAAUAAUGAAUCUUAUACCAAAAAUUAUUCAUGAUUUAGUUAGUCGUUCGCUUUCUAAUGAUCUUCUUUGUUAAGAAUCGUUUAGUAUGAAUAACUCGAGUUGUUGGGAGAGGUUCAAUAAUAUAUCUUAUAUCCUUUACUCACACAUCUCCUUAUAAGAAUACCAACUUAUAUUAAAUUGAAGUUUUCACAAACAUGAAUAUCAGGUGUUUAACAAAUGAGGUCGCCAAGAUUCGAAUCCAAGACCACUCGAUCAAUUAUUCUCAAUUAGAUGUGUUCUAAUUUUCAGUACCAAUUAACGAUUGUACCUAAUUUGACCUUUUUUCCUCCAGAGGCCCUCUCUCUCUUUCUGCCCCUAAGUCUCAUAUUGUUACCCAUGGUUGAGUCAGAAAUGUGAACAAGGGCUAAGAAAAAUAUACACUUAAGGGUUUGAACCAUGGUGAUUGGGGAGGGGGCUAGAGCCUUACCAAAGAGUCUAUUAUCAAAAUUUAUUGCAACUUUUAAUCGUAAAGUUACCUACAUUUGACAGUUGAGGGGAGCAAUAGUCCCCUCCGAGGUUAAAAAUGGCUCUGCCACUGUUUGUUACUAGAACAUUUCUUGAAUCGAAUAAUGGAUGAUAAAUCAAAAUGUAUGUUUAGAUAUAACUCGACAUUGCCUCCUCAGCAUAAGAACGUUGAAUCCAGUGAUAAUGUAUUCCCGAAUAUGGUUUUUUUACUUAAAAUAUUUUAUUGGUACGACUUGAAAUGUGAUUAUCUGUCAGUAACCGUGUAUGGCCUUUUACACUUCUAUUUUUCCUGUUUUAUGCGUGUGUUUUUUUCUCGUUUUUCUUUUAUGUUUGGUGUUUAUAAAAAAAAAUUCGCCUCUAUGUAAUUUGUACUCUCUUCUCAAUAUAGUGAAACCAAUCGCUACUCAUGACUCACACCUUACAGCACAAACCUACCAACUUCUCACUAUGACAAGUCACCCUCACGAAAUUGGUAAAAAUGCUUAUAAUGGCAACAUUUUUCAGUUUUAACCCCCAAAAAAAAAAACAAGAAGAUUAUGCUAUGAACACAGGCAAGCCGCACUUAUUGCCACGGAAAUGGAAGUGAAUGCAACUAAUGAUUUGCUCGUUGAAGCAAAGAAAAGAACAACAACGACCUUUGAUGCUUACGUUAAUGUCGUGUACACUGAAAAACCUCUGACUCGGUCUUAUUAGGAGCAAACAAGCAAGCUAGCUAGUCAUGACGAAGUUGAACUUCAACGGGUUGAGUUUUGGCAAUGGUGACAUGUUACAUGUAAUGCAAAUUAUAGUUGGAGCUUGCCAUGAUCCAGCUGUUCUCGAUUACAUGCAAAACACUAAUUAAUUAAUUAGUCUUCGAUCUAAUCAAUUAGUAUUUGUUGGUUAAUUAAUAUAGUCAUGGUUGCUAACAAAUAGUUUUCAGUCUAAUACCGACUUUUCACUUCAUGUAUAUAUAUGCUCGUGUCUAAUAUGAUGAUGCCAGUAGAAGAUAUAUAGAUUAGCAAUGACAAUGAGUCGGACUCGUUAAGUAAUUUGAUUGAACUGUUAUGUGCCCUAUCUCAUAUGGAUAUUGGUUCAGAUACAUAUUUCAUUCAAUGAUUUUGUAUUUAAGUUGAGUUUCAAUUGUGGUAUAAAGUACAUUUGUUCUUAUUUUAUUGAUAUUCAUCGAUUUUACAUUAUGUUCUUGUUGAACUAUGCUAGGUUGUAUGUGACUCGAAAAGGUCUAAUCUAUAUUGACUUGUUACUUGAUUGGGAAAGGAUGAUGAUUGAAUGCAUGCCUUGUCAAGUUUGUUGUUUUUAGAAGAUCAAACUACUAUGAUUUGCAAGACACAGUGACUCGUAGUCUCGUAUCUCAUAAUUAAUAUCGAUACAUGUAAGAUCCCAUUAUAGGAGGUGACUAUGAUCGAUGUACUAUAGUCAGGUUCAACCGAUAUGCCUGUAUUGUACUAAUGAUAGCAUUAGGUUUAUUACAAAAUAGGAAGUAUUACAAGAAAAAAUGAAGUAGAAACAUAAUGUCAUAGAUUAUACUUCAUCGAAAUCGUAACAAAUCAAGAAAUGACAAAAGCUUUUUAAAAAAUCAUUUGAGUAAGUAAGUAACGCAUUAUGUGUUUAGCAUUAACCACCCAAAAAAUUAGCAUUAGAGUCUGAAAAUCAUAUAUAAGUCAAUAUGAAUUAAUUUCUGAAAUAACAUGAGUUGUUGGAACUGGUACCUUGUUCUGUCCUCCCCGACAUAAACCUUCCUACGGAUAUCGAUGGUAACACGAUCGAUAUGAAUGGUCUACCCUCCCCCUCGGAACUGCACUGGUUAUUCAUACGUUAUAUGUACGUAGUCGGCGUAUAUAUACGUGACUAUCAAUAAACAUUGUUUGCCGACGUCACUAGACCUAGAUGUCUCUUCAAAUGUCAUCUUUUGGGGAUUGGUUUAUGAUUGUAUUCAAAGAUUCUGCAAGUAUUUCUACUGCAACCACUAGAGAUAAGCAAACGGUUAUCUUUGAGAAUCUUUUGACUUUUUUUUAUUUAUACAAAUGGCAUGUUUCAUUCCAUUAACGGUGUAAAGCAAUAGAGUCUGAAUUAGUCGAGAAAGCAAAAAAUUGGAGGCUUUGCAUAUCAAAGCUCCUCAUGAUCUUCAAUCACAAUACGGUAUGAGUCAUAAUAUGAGGGACAAUGAUUACUAUUACGGCCUAAAAGUUGACACAUAUGAAUAUGUCAUACAAAGACAAAUCUAAUAACUUGUAGAGACAAACCAACGUGAUACAUAAUUGCUGUAUAUCUAGUAUAGUAAUUUUUUGGCACAUAAAAAGAGGAGAUGUAGAGUAGGAACCCUACUUGUUCUUAAGCUCACUUCUCCUCCUCUCCUCUCGUCCUCGCCCUCUUUCCCCUCUUGCCUUCUUCACUUGUUUUUCUCUUUGUAGAUACGAGGCUAAUGACCUAUCAUGGUAUAGGGUCAAUCCAAACUUGGUAGAUGCGAAGACUACCAAGAUUGUAUUCUCGUGAGGUCUCUAAUCGCUAAAUUUCUCAAUAUCAAAAGUUAUUCAAAGUACUAUGUAAGAGAAUAAGUUUUGAGAGUAGUGUAAAAGAAGCAAACAAAUUCAAAAAUGGAAGAAAGCACGAAAGAGCGAGCGAUUGUUGGUAGAAAAUUGAUGUAUAAAAUGAAGGUGAUCAUCCCUAUUGUGUUUUCCCUAGGUGUGAUGGAAGAUUACAUCAUGUGAUUUCUCUAAUAUCCCCUAAAUAAGCUUUCAUUCUGUCAUAUGUCUAACAAUGAUUAGAUCUAAUAGACUACUAUGGAUCAUAUAGAUUUCUCCAGUCUUAUCAUGAGCAUAAUACAAUUUCAAAGCUUCAAUAUCGUGGAAUAGAAAGCAAUGAUUGUCAAGAACAACCAAUUGAGAUGAAUCCAACAUAAGAAUGAAUAGAGCAUAAAUGA